UUCGCUCCCUCUCCCCGCUCUCUCUGGCCCUAUGUCUCGCUGGCUCUUCCCCUGGUCGGGCUCAAUCAAGAAGCGGGCCUGUCGGUACCUCUUACAGCACUACCUCGGUCACUUUCUGCAGGAGCGACUGAGCCUGGACCAGCUGGGCUUGGACCUGUACAACGGCAGCGGUGUCAUCAAAGAAAUCAACCUCGAUGUGUGGGCCGUCAACGAGCUCUUGGAGUCUCUUGGGGCUCCUCUGGAGAUAGUGGAUGGGUUUGUGAGCAGCAUAGCAGUGACCAUCCCCUGGCAGGCUCUCCUGACUGAUCACUGCACCUUAGAAGUUUCUGGUCUUCAGAUAACAUGUCGACCCAAGUACCGCACCAGUGGGGGUUGGGACUCCCAAGGCUGGUCCUCAAGUAUGACCUCCAGCAUGCAGCUGGCUCAGGAGUGCCUGAAGGAUCCUCCGGAGGCGUCUGAGGAGCCACCUGCCCAGCUGGAAGGGCUUGAGAUGUUUGCACAAACCAUUGAGACGGUCCUUCGUCGUAUUAAAGUCACCUUCAUAGACACCAUCGUUCGCAUCGAGCACCAGCCCCUGGACCUGGAAACAGGCGUUGCCUUAGAGGUGCACAUCAAACGGCUGGAGUACUUUGACGAGGCGGUGCGAGAUCCAGCCAGCCAGACAACCGUGCCUGUCGACAUCCACCAGCCUCCCGCCUUCCUGCACAAGAUCCUCCAGCUGAGCGCUGUUCAGCUGUUUUACGACAGCACAGGCACAGAACAGGGUCCUCCUGAGGAGGAACGCCCAGAAUCAGCCACGGCAAGUGAAGGAGAAGAGGAGGAAGAGAAAGAGAAGGAGGAGGAGGAGGAGGAGGAAGAGGAAGAUGAGGAGGAAGAGGAAGAAGAGGUAAAGCCCCAGGCAUCGCCUCCCUGUCCUCCAUCUCAGCCACUGCUCAUAGGAAGCUGCUCAGGUUUCAUCGAGACCACCGUCAAGAUCAAACAGAACGACAUGCUGCCCGGACCAAAGUUGGAGUUGGAUGGGAAGGUGGGUUGUGUCCACAUGCUGCUGUCUCCAGAUCAAAUAACCCAUCUGACAGACCUUCUGGCAGCCCUCUGCAUCGACACUGAGCCAGAGACAAAGUGUGGUGGAGUACACAGCCGUCCGUUAGACUCAGACGACCUGCGUAUGAUUGAAGAGGACCUCAGUAAGCAGCUGGGCUCCAGUCCCAGAGACAGGGAGUGGGAUGUUGAGCCUGACCUGGAGCCCUACAUCACCAGCCUGGAGAAUGGAGAGAUGUUUUACUCCAUGGGUCCUGCUGGGAUGACAAGUAGUGUGACGUCUGUGCGCUCUGGCAGCGAGCUCUCAGACAGUGAUAUGGAGUCUUCUACACAAAGUCUAGCCAGCUUCACACAGCCUGCAGCUCUGUCUGCACAGGGCAUGGUGAACUGUCCAAGGAGAUAUCCUGUAGCAGGCUGUCUGUCGAGUCUCCCCCAUGCAGGCGGCCGGCCCAGAGGACGCUCUCACAGCGGCCAGGCAGAGCAGCUGAAGUCCGAUGCUUUGUUGCGACUGACUCUUGGCGGGCUCACCCUGACCCUGCUGCAGGAGGACCCGCCCUCUAGGCCCGACGGAGCCUCGUCAUUGGCUCAGGUGUCUCAGGUGUUCUUCCGGGAGCUGGCCUUCUUCAAGGACAGCAUGUUCAGCGAGAGAGACUUCCAUCAUCUGAGAGGCGGCUUUUCCAAGGCCUGCCCACACUCCCAUCUCAGAGUGACAGGGGCAGCAGUGCAGGUUGCUUGUGAGAUGCGGAGCGGGAGACGCCACAGUCGGGCCGUGACCUCUGACGUUUCCUUCAGCAGACUGGAGCUGUUAGAGUGCCUCUGGGAGGAUGGAAAGCCUCAGUACAGCGAGUUGCUUCAGUUCCAGAAAGCUGGUAUGUUCACAGUUGGAGCUGCAGCCAGACCAUGUGCUCAACUACACUACGGCCUCACUGAAAAACACCUGCGCAGGGGUAAACAGCGGGUAGUGCGGCGGGAAAGUGUAGUCCGGGUGGAGCUGGCAGAGCUGAGCGCUGAGCUGGACCUGGAUGUCCUCAGUCGCCUGGGGAGCCUGAGCAAAGCUUUCAGCCACUGUCCCACACAGACUGCUGGACCUGGACUCAUACAGACCCAGAGCAGUGAGCUGGUCUCCUCCUUCACCCUCCUUUCCCCCCACGCCAUCCUCAGGCUUCGCUUCCCCAUACCUGACCUGCGGCCCCUCCCUAAGCGUCGACCGCCGACCCAGAGGGCAGUGCGGCAGGAGACUUUGGUCCUGGAGCUGACGGAGCUGGAGCUGAAGCACCAGGAGGCCCCGGACCUCCAGAGCGAGCAGACGGCCCCUGGACAGCCGUGGGCUCCCUGCCUCACCCAGCUGCUGGAGGCCUCCUUCACGGACCUGCACGGUUCAUACGAGGGCUGGGAGGGCGGCUCUUUCCCCUGUAUCAGAGUGAAGAAGAACCGUGACUCUCUGCCCAGAUUAUCAGUGCGUGUACGUGGAGGUGAGGCUCAGGGCCCGGCAGCAGGUCUGGAUGGGAUGAACCUGGGCCUCAUCAGGGACCUUGGGGCCGCUUUCUUUGAAAGUCACUGUGAACUCAACGACAAAACCAGCUCUCCGUUCUCCUCCAACCGCACCAUGUUUGAGACCGAGGAGAUGGUGAUUCCAGCAGACCCCGAGGAGAUGAGUCAGUUUCAGGCGCAGUGUGUCGCUCAGUGUCAGUGUGCUGUGGACAUCAGCCUGCCGUUGGCUUACAUCCUCCUGCCCAACAAACAAGCCUUCCAGAGCAUCUACAACAGGAUCAAUAAUGAUCUGUUGAUGUGGGAGCCUCCUCCACCCUCGGCCCACAGCCCCGACCACAGCCGCCAUCACCGCGACGAGUUCCAGCUGUGCAAGUCGGCGUUCAGACUGGACUCUGAUUCUGAAGAGGACGAGCCUCACUUCUACUUGGCCAGUGAAUCAGCUGGAAGGAGUCAACAGUCAGCUCCCCGCCCCAACCACAACCUCAGCCUCCUCUCCCUCACUGUGAUUAUCGGCAAAGGUCGCCUCCAAGCCAGAACAGACAGGAAGGAGGACCAGAGUCAUGGGGAAAUUGUGCUCGACCUGGAAGGGGGGAAGAUAUUCAGUGUGGCACAGCACCAGAACGACCCCAAUCUCAACUUUCUGUGUCUGGAGAGCAGACGAGUGGAGCUUUACCAUCGAGCGGUGGUGAAAGACACCCCCAUCCCACAGCGGUUGGAGAUGCCCAACUUCACUCCCCCAAAGCACUUGGACCCUACCAUCUACCCCACAGAGGUGGGUGUGAGCAGUGUGAGCGGUAGGGAGGGGGAGCCACAGAUGUUGUCCACAGCCAUCAAAGUCACAUUGGACCCAGAGAGGAGUGUGAAGGAGUUCCUGGUUGCCCUUCGACUUCAAGGUGCCACAAUGCGGCAUUACAUGACGCAGACUAAUCACAGCUGGCAUGAGCAGCUGGUUGACUUCCUGGAUGUCAUUGAUGAUCCUAUUCUGGGAUACACAGCACCUGCUGUCAUCACUGUCCUCCACACACACCUCGCUACCUGUGCUGUCGACUACAGACCUCUGUAUCUCCCACUGCGAGUGUUGUUCACAGCAGAGUCCUUCUCUCUGUCCAGUAAUAUCAUAGUAGACACUGCCACCUUCCACCUCAGAUUCAUCCUGGAUGACUCUGCUCUCUACCUCUCUGACAAAUGUGAGACUGACACCGUGGACUUGAGGAGAGACUAUGUGUGUGUUCUGGACAUUGACCUGCUUGAGCUCGCCAUCACCACAUGGAAAGGCAGCAAUACGGGCAAGCUGUCUCAGCCUCUCUUUGAGCUCCGUUGCUCCAACAAUGUGGUUCACCUUCAUACCUGUGCUGAUUCCUGCGCUGCCCUGGUCAAUAUGCUGCAGUACCUGGUCUCCCAGGGUGACCUGCACCCCCCGCCGCGACACACCUCACCCACCGAAAUCGCUGGCCAGAAACUACCACUGUCAGAAAGUCCUGCGUCUGUGCUGCCCUGCCCUCCAGCUGAAACCGCUGAGAUCAACCAGUACGACCUGGCUGAUGCCCUAAUUGACACAGAGAAGAGCCACCGAGAAGAGAGUUUAGAUCCAGGUUCACCCUCCAUGCCUAGAGGCUCACCUGUCUCUGUCUACUUGUUCCCUGGUGAAGCUUCUAAGCGCAACCUCUCCGUCCUGCAGGCGGAUGACUCUGAGCUGGAUGGACUGGUUGCCACAGCAACAGAGGCACAGGCAGAUAUGAUGUCAGACGAAGGCUCUGAGGGCUCCACCGACAACGACGACUUUUGCAUCUUGGAGGCUCCCGGCAUGGGCAUUCCUCCCAAGGACGGGGAGCCAGUGGUGACGGUGCUGUCCCCGGGGCCCAUCAGGGUGAAGGAAAGUCACUUCUCCAGGCCUCGAGGCAGUUCAGACCUGCUCCGAGCCCCUAGCCGCUUCCCGGUGCCCCAGAGCAGGGUGGUGCUGCGGGAGAUCUCUGUGGUCUGGCACCUCUACGGGGGCAAGGACUUUGGCAGCAAGCCCAUGUCCAUACACGCUCAGCACGCAAACAGAGGUCGUUCAGUCCCUGCCGGUGUCCGCGGGUCUCCGUCUCGCUCCGCCACCUCAUCUCGUCCCCAGAACUCCUGGCGCUGGGCUGGAGGCAGCGGCCGUCAGCACACACUGCUGAUGGAGAUCCAGCUUACCAAGGUGUCCUUCCAGCAUGAGUCCUACCCAGUGGCAGUAGCGGGGCAGGAUGGGGAGGGGUCAGUGGCGGUUGGGGUUGGUCCUGGUGGUGAGCAGCUCCUCUCCAGGCAGGUGUUUAUCGUCCAGGAGCUGGAGGUUCGGGACCGAUUGGCCUCCUCACAAAUGAACAAAUUCCUCUACCUCUACACCAGCGAGAGCAUGCCCCGCCGAGCCCACUCCAACAUGCUGACAGUGAAGGCCCUGCAGGUGUGUCCUGAAUCUGGCCUCGGUGGUCCAGAGUGCUGUCUUCGGAUCAGCCUGCUGCCACUACGACUUAACAUCGACCAGGACGCACUGUUUUUCCUGAAGGACUUUUUCAGUAAUCUAGCUUCCUACGUUAAUCCUUACCUGCCUGUGGACCCUGCAACUGAAGUGAAGGCAGACCCCUCCCAGAAGACAUCUGAGGAGGCAGAGUCAGCUGCAGGUCUGGGGCCUGACCUCACAGCUUCUGUGGAAACUACCUACAGCGAGCAGAGCUCCUCCUCUGCCGGCUCCACCUCCUCCUCCGAGCAGCCAAUCUACUUCCGGGAGUUUCGUUUCACCUCUGAAGUGCCUAUCUGGCUUGACUAUCAUGGCAAACAUGUCGUCAUUGAACAGGGAACGUUUGCAGGGAUUCUGAUCGGUCUGGCCCAGUUAAACUGUUCUGAGUUGAAGCUGAAGAGGCUCUGCUGCAGACAUGGUCUCCUUGGUGUAGACAAAGUAAUCCAGUACGCCGUCACAGAGUGGCUGACAGACAUCAGGAAGAAUCAGCUGCCGGGCAUUUUGGGAGGUGUUGGCCCAAUGCACUCGGUUGUCCAGCUAUUCCAUGGAGUGAGGGAUCUGUUCUGGUUGCCCAUAGAGCAGUACAGGAAGGAUGGGCGAAUUAUUCGAGGUCUCCAGAGGGGGGCAGCGUCCUUUGGCACCUCCACAGCAUCAGCUGCUCUGGAGCUCAGCAACAGGCUGGUGCAGGCCAUACAGGCCACAGCAGAGACGGUGUACGACAUUCUGUCUCCAACUCCUCCCCUGAACCGCUUUGCCAUCACAGAAGGCCGAGCCCCGUCCAGCCGGCCUCGCAGAGCCGCUCAGCCCGCAGACCUCCGGGAAGGUGUGGCCAAGGCCUACGACACCGUCAGAGAGGGAGUGAUUGACACGGCUCAGACCUUGUGCGAUGUAGCAUCCCGCGGCCACGAACAGAAGGGUCUGCCUGGUGCUGUGGGCGGCGUCCUGCGGCAGAUCCCGCCCACCGUGGUGCGACCUUUAAUAGUGGCCUCUGAAGCCACCUCCAAUCUGCUCGGUGGCAUGCGGAACCAGAUCAAACCAGACGCUCGGAAAGAGGAUUUCCUGAAGUGGCGCACGGAGGAAGGCCAAGAAUGAUGAUAGCUUUUUUUUUUUGUUUUUGUUUUUGUUUUUGUUUUUUGUCCGUGUGAGAGAGAAAGUGUGUGUGUGUGUGUGUGUGAUCAUGAUUGGGAGAGUCUAGGGUUUGAAUGGGUAUUUGCAUGUGUGUACGGACUAAUAAGAGUCAGUGUGUGCUCCCAAUGCAAAAACAAAACAAUGACUAACGACUACUGCAGUUACUGACACCCAGUGUUUUACGUGGCUCCAUCAUACAUCGACUUCACCAGAUUGAAUCACUCUGUUUUGCAUUCAUUAGGAGCUCUCCUCAUAUAUCCUCCGCUCAGUGAUACACUAGUUACUAUAUACAUGUGCUAACAUAUCAUCAUCACUCUCGACUGGCUUCAUUUUCAAUCCAACCAAGGGCACGUAGGAAUAUCACUCUCAAGGUUUCACUAGAUAGACACAUAUUGAGGGCACUUCAUGAAUAGUGCUACUGGAAACUGUUUGUAUUUUGAUUUAAUUAAUGAAUUUCUGGCACACUUUCACCUUCUUCCAAGGUUCAUGGAAAAGAGAAACUGUAUAAAGUGUAAAGAAUAACUUUAUUGUGAGACCAUCAUGUUUUGGCUUUUGGAGACUGUUUCAUGAACCUUGGAAGUAACUGAUGUCAGAAAUCUCUGCUCUGUUUGUGUUCUUAUUCACUGUUCAAUCACUAACUGUGAACAGCAUCACCAGAAAGGGUUUCCAGCUGAUUAAUUAAGAUAUCAGUUGACCUUUCUUGGGUGCAAUGUGUGAUGAAGCACUUUGGUCUACUUGUUGUCCAGUGAUGCUUAUAGUGAAGACAGGUAGAAUAUUUUAAUAAGUGUCCUUCGCCAACAGCCUCUAGAUGUUGGCAGAUGGUUUCCCCCCAGACUUCACAACACAAUGUCCUUGGUUCAGGUUUGGCCCCGUUUUGCACCUGUUUCUCUCAGUGCUGUUAUUUGUGCCAUAAACCUUGCAGAGUGCCCUUUUUUAACUAGUUUGUGUUGCCUUCCUCAAUCCUGCCCCCUCCCCACUACAAGUAUAACACAUAUUGGCUCAUAUUGAUACACGUUUCCUGACUGAAUAGAGACACCGGAUCACACAAAGCCUCUAAACUCUGUAGCACAUUGAAUUCUGUUGAAUCUUCACAAAGUCAAGUUUGACUUGAGUCGUCUGUAACUCACAGUAAACUGUCCAGAUGUCAGCCAGUGGUUCUUCUACCUGCAGCUCUUUUGUGCUCCUGUUUCCAUGAAGAGUUAAAGACUGGGAUCUGAAUUAACCUUCUUUGUCUUCAGAAUUGCUUUGCCCACUUCUUUAGUUGCCUUCCUGCAUAUUUUUUAUGUUUCUUUAUUUGUUUUUUUUUUAUUUUGUUAAAACAUAAGUAUUGUCAUACUCAUUUUCAAAAUAAGAGUUAAGAGGAUGUGAAUCUGGUGAAAGUGGAAGAUGAAAAUUGGGUUUUGUGGUUUAAAAAAAGUUUUACAUUUUUAUCUUUUUUGUUUAAUAAGUGUAAGGGAUGUGUCUCUGUGUGUUUGUGUGCGUGUGUGCGUGUGAAAAUGAGAGAGUGUUUGUGUGCGCGCAUGAUGCAUGUCUGUGAGGGUAACAGGUGGAUGCUUGUUACACCUCUUGUGUGUAAUUACUAUUUACUAUAUCAUAAACUGUAUAAUACAAAGACGAGGAGUAUACAAAUUAAUACAAAAAAUAAAAAAUUUGAGUAUUAAAAACUGAAA